AUGUCUUGGUUAAGUGGAAAUCUAUCACGUGGUUUUCAAAAUAUCUCUGGUCAAAUAAGUACAAUAACAAAAGAUAUUCUAACGGAAGUAUCGAGUGAUAAAGGUAAUGAUCCAGUAACAGAGUUAGAAGCAGCUAAAAAUCAAAUACAAGAACUUGAAAUGAGUAAACAAGAGCUUCAAGACCAAUAUAUAUCAUUAAAAAAAUUUUGUGACGAAAUGAUAAUGCAAAAACGAGCGGUUGACUACAAAGCAAAGACGUUGUUAACUGCGACUCGUCAAACACUUGUAGAAGAAGAUGAUGAACUACGGCAUCUUCGUGAUGAUAAACAGCAGACGGUUAUCGCUAAUAAGAAUAAAGAAAACACAUGGACCGAUCUUCUUGAAGAAGACACAGAUGAUAAACCUGAAAUAUCAGAAUCUAUUAAAUAUCAACAAAUAAUAAAAGAAUUAAAAAAUGAAAAUGUUUGUUUACGUGAUGAAAUAGGAAAUUUAAAAAAAACAUUAAAAUCAAAUCAAUUUGUCAAAGAUUCGCAUCGACAAGAAGAAGACGCAAUAGCCGUGGAACAAGUUUCUCCUGAACAAAUGACUACAUAUCGUGAGGAAUACGAAGAAACAAUUACAAAAUUAAAAAAUCGAAUACGAGAAUUAGAAGACUGGAAUGAGCCUGAAUUGCGGAAGAACUUAGAAGUUCAAAAAGCUGUCGAUGAUGUUGAUAAAGAACUACUUUCACAAGAACUUGAACAAGCAAAUGAAAAAUUAACAUGGUAUAGUGAUCAAUUGAAACAACAUCAGACACAACAGUCUUAUUUAAAUCAAUUACAAAUAAAUUACGAUACACUUAAAAAUGAUCAUGAACAAUUAAACAUAAAAUUAAGUCAGUUGAACGAUGAAUUGCAACAUGAUCAAAUAAAAAUUCGCAAUUAUGAAAUACAACUACAAUAUAUUGAUGAAUACGAAAAAACGAUAACGACAUUACAACAAGAAUUAGAAGAUAUUCAACAAAAAUCUUCAAAGAACCAACAACAAAUGCAAGAUGAAGAACAACAAACUGAAAUUAAUAAUGACGAACAAGAACAUCAGGCUCGUUUAUUAGUCGAAGAACGUGAACGUUGUGAUCAAUUAUCAUCAGAUUAUGAGCAAAUAUGCCGUCUCUUAGAAGAAACUCGUUUAAUGUUAAACGAACGAAGUGAAUCGUUGACAUCUUUAGAGAACUUAUUUCAACAAAAUGAAGAUUAUAAAAAGAAAUACUACGAUUUAGUACAAUAUAAGAAUAAUUUCCAAGAACGAAGUACAUCGCCAAUAUUCUCAGAUCAAUCAGAUGGUACUGAAGAAUUGAAGCUGAAAGAGAAACAGUUGAUUGAUGAUUUAAACAGCAGCCAAGAUCAACAGAAUAUGCUGAAAUUGACAAUUGAAGAUCUAAAUGGACAAAUAAAAAUGUUGCAAGAACAACAACAGUUACAAGAGAAACAGUUGG